CUUAAAGAUAGCACUUGUAAAGUAACCUACUAAGAUGUUACCUCUAUUCUUUUGGAGUUAACUUAUAAUUGGUCAAUACGCAGCUAUGUCAGGUAAACCAUUGAUAGCUGUUGGUGGGGCAGCAGGGGUGUCUCUAAUUGCAUGGCGAACCAUGUUACCGUGGAUAAAAUAUGAUUGGCAGACAAUGAAGGCAGGAAAGAAAGUAGCAAAAAGAUUUAUCGACGAUAUCAAUAACAAACGUACAAUUAUUGAUAAUUUUGAGGCUACGGUAAAGAAAUGCCCGAAAAAAACUUUUGUGAUUUUAGAUGACAGAUGUUUUUCAUACGAGUAUGUCAACGAACAGGCAUGCAGAGUGGCUAAUAUAGUCAUACAUUGGAACUUGAAAAAGGAAGAUUCUGUAUCAAUCUUUGUACAUAACAGUGUAGAAUACAUUUGGACAUUUUUGGGUUUACAGAAACUUGGUGUAAUCACAACGUUAUUAAAUAUAAACAUCCGUGGUGACCCAUUGGUUAAUGCAAUACAGGUGACAGACACAAAAGCCAUCAUUGUUGGUCAAGGUGAUGAUCUAUACGGUGCAAUAAAUGAGAUAAGAGGAAAACUUGAUGUACCAGUUUAUUUUAUGGGAGACUGUUCUGAUGAUGUGCAAUCCUGGGACAUGCUUAUGAUGAAAUCAUCACCAGCAGAUAUAAGUCCAACCAUUAGAAGCCAUAUUAAUAUAUUCACCUCUUGUUGCUAUAUAUUUACUUCCGGUACAACAGGUUUACCAAAGGCGGCAUUAAUAUCACAUGGAAAAGCGCUAGCUUACCCUAAGAUAGUGUGGGCAAUAGACCUUAAACCAGAAGAUGUAAUGUACGACGUGUUACCAUUUUAUCAUGCAACUGGUCUCGUUGGAUGGCUAGCUGCUAGUGAAAUAGGCUGCACUGUUGUCAUACGUAAGAAAUUCUCUGCGCACCAAUUUUGGGAGGACUGUAGAAAAUAUAAAGUUACAGUUGUGCAAUAUAUCGGCGAAUUGCUGAGAUAUCUUAUAGCACUACCUGAGGACCCUUUGGAUGGAAAUCAUAAUGUAAAGUAUUUCAUUGGCAAUGGACUGCGACAAGAUAUUUGGAUCCCAAUCCAAAAGAGAUUUAAAAUACCGUACAUCAUGGAAUUCUUUGGUGCGAGUGAAGGAACCGCUUUGAUGUACAAUAUGUGUAAUAAACCAGGAGCUGUUGGAAGGAUAUCACCUUUGAUGAACAGAUUAGAUCCUGCACCAAAGUUUCUGUUGAAGUAUGACUUGGCUACGGCAACACCAAUACGUAAUAAAUCAGGACGCUGUAUUGAGGUUAGAAUAGGAGAACCUGGGUUACUAAUUUGUGGAAUUCCUCCAACAUAUAAACUUGAAAACGGUUUGUACAAAGGUAACAUGGAGAUGACUGAGAAAAAGAUUGUACGUAACGUCUUCAAAGAAGGGGAUGUUUACUUCAACUUUGGUGACUCUUUGUAUAUGGAUAAAGAUUACUUCGUUUAUUUUCAUGAUCGAGUUGGAGACACAUUCAGAUGGAAAGGUGAAAAUGUGUCAACUACAGAGGUUGCAAACAUCAUUACAGCCUUGUCUUUCAUCAUAGAUGCUAAUGUGUAUGGUGUCAAAGUACCAGGUCAUGACGGAAGAGCAGGAAUGGCCUCUCUGGUUUUGAAAGGGAACGAAAAACUGACCAGUGAAAAGUUGAAGGCAAUCUACCAUCACUGUGAGCAGAAAUUGCCAAAAUAUUCCAGACCAAUAGUACUACGUCACGAAAAGGAAAUGCGGACAACAGGAACAUUCAAACAACAUAAAGUUGUCUUAAUGGAAGAAGGAUUUGAUCCAAAAGUUGUCUCUGAUCCAAUGUUCUAUUUAUCAACAGAAGCAAAAACAUAUGUUUCCCUUAACCAAACGAGCCAUCUUAAUUUCUUACAGUCAAAACUUUAAUAUAUGCUGUAUAUCACUUUUCUACGUUAUGCUGAUUAUAGAAUAUAUAUCUAACGUAUAUUCUAUAAUCAGCAUAACUUAGAAAAGGUAUAAGUUGGACACUGUGUUAAAUAUAUGCAAGAAACAUCAUUCUUUUUUCCGAAUAGUUAUUACUAUGAAGCAAUUUAUGAUACUUA